AUGCACAUCCUCCCUGCACUCAUCUUCACACCCCCUGCACCCGAGCAAGGAGACACCACAGCCGCGACACCCAUGCUCAGCCCCAUUGAACAGCUGUGUGGCCUUGAGCACAUUGUUUCACGCUCUCUAGGCCUCAGGGCCCUCAUCUGUGCCAUGCCAUUGCAAAUCUUCCUGCUGCUGACCCUCCUGGGCCCUGGCAGCUGGAAGGCCAGAGCCUGGAAAGCCACAGACCUGCUACUGGCCCGGGAGCGGAGACAGAUCCAGGAGAAUCCAGACUACUUCCCUGACGAAGACUAUGAAUUGUAUAACACAGAACCUCCGGAAAUGCUCGAAAACAGCUCUGAGGCUCCAGCCCUAAUGAGGACAAAGGAGCCGAGAAGCCCUGUGGGGCCUGGAACCCCAGAGCCAGACAGUGUGGGGCUUGGGACGAAUGACUCUGCUGGCCAGGGCACAGGAGGGACAGCUGCGGGGGACCUGAGCACUGACCUGGUCACACAGGGGAGUCUUGAAACACAGGACUCUUUUAACACAGAACUGGUCACUAUAAUCCCUUCCACUGUAGAGUUCUCCACAAUAGACGUCCUGACCACAGAAGUGGCCACUACUGAGGCCCCGCCCACAGAACCACCUACCACAGAGCCCCCACCCACUGAACCACCCUCCACAGAGGCUUCUCCCACAGAACCACCCACCACCGAGGCCCCGCCCACUGAACAACCUACCCCUGAUGCCCCGCCCACGGAACCACUGUCCUCUGGGGCCCCGCCUACCAAACAACCCACCGCCAAAGUCCCGCCCACCAAACCACGCACCACUGAGGCCACGCCCUCAGACCAGCCCACAACCGAGGUCCCACCCACAGAAUCCUCCUCCUUUGCGCCAACCACCAUAGUCUCUGUGGACCUUCCAGCCACAGUGGCUGGGACCAUAGACUCUGCUACCACAAGCCUCCCAACUGUGUCCCUCCCCAUGUCCUCUGGUCCCCACAGUGAUAUCUUUGGGACAGUAAAUAGGUCUAUUGAUGCCAUCAAGCACUGGAAGUACGGGCAGGGUGUGACCCCCAGAAGCUCUGUGGCCCCCAACCCCACGGGACUCCCCAACAGCAUCCCUGUGAAGCAGUGCCUGCUGGCCAUCCUCAUCCUGGCCCUGGUAGCCACAAUCUUCCUCGUGUGCACCGUGGUACUGGCCAUUCGCUUGUCACGCAAGAACCACACAUAUCCCGUCCGCAGCUACUCCCCCUCCGAGAUGGUCUGCAUCUCAUCCUUGCUGCCUGAGGGAGGUGAGGGCCCUAACGCUGCGGCCAACGGGGGUCCGCCCAACGUCACCAAGGGCCAGGGCCAGGGCAGCAAGCCGGAGCCUGGGGAGGAGCGCAACGGGGACGACCUCACAUUGCACAGCUUCCUCCCUUAG